GAGAGAGAGAGAGAGAGAGAGAGAGAGAGAGAGAGAGAGAGAGAGAGAGAGAGAGAGAGAGAGAGAGAUCAUCACAGGUCAGUCAACUGGAGUGAGAACGUGAGGACUGUCCAUCGGGUCUGCAGGAGUGUCCCUGAAUCCAGCCGAAUGAACAGAGCGACUGCAAAGCAUCUCAUUGAGCGCUACUUUCGGCAGUUAACCGACGGCUGUGGAAAUGGCGACUGCACGAAUGAGUUUUGCGCAUCGUGUCGUGACUUUCGACCUUUGGAUAACAAUGCAGCGGCGGCCAAAGCGCUCGAGCUGUUUAAGAUUAACGCCAAACUCUGUAACCCUCACCCCUCCAAGAAGGACUUUCUGGACGGUAUGAUGAGCGAGGCGGACAUCUGUCCCGCUAAGGAGGACUUCUCAGAUGUCAAUCACCUCACGGAGGACACGGUCUCUACGAUCCUGGGCUUCUGCGAGGAGCGGGGCGACUACUCGGCGCUCAUCCGCAUCGUCGGCAGGAUCUUCUCCAACUCGGACGCCUUGAUAAAGAGCUUCAGGAAGGAUGAACCCAUCGCCACUGAAAACCUGGACUCUUCGGAACCGACAGACGUGGACGAGCAGGAGAAGCAGGGCUCGGAGUCGAUGGCCGCUUCCUCCGCCGCACUCGAUGAGGGUCUCGAUGAAAUGAUGGACCCUUGCGAGGUGACGGUGGACAUCGGCGCCGUGAGGAGGGUCUACGACCGCCUUCUGAGCCUGGACCAGGUGGAGGCCGCUCUCGUGAACGCACUCAUUUACCUCACGCCGAACAUGGAGCUGGACCUGGAGUACCUGGACGUGUACGAGACGAACCCAGACUACCUGAACAUCUUCGUCAUCGUGUUGGAGAACAGUAACCUCCACAGCCCCGAGUACCUGGAAGUAGCUCUGCCACAGUUCUGCAAAGCCAUGAGCAAACUGCCGGUGGCGGCGCUCGCCCGGCUGUCCAAGCUGUGGUCCGGGUACGGACUCGGGCACAUCCGCCGCAUGAUGGAGACCUUCCAGCAGCUCAUCACGUUUACGGUCGUCAGCAACGAAUAUGACGGCGAGACUCUCGUGAACGACGACGGGACCGUGGUGGCCGCCACGCAGUGUCUGAAAGUUGCCUUCUACGCAAGCAUCCUGGGCGGCGACGUGGACGUGGAGCACAACGAGGAGGAGGAGGAAGACCCCGAGUCCGACGAGCUCACCCUGCAUGAGCUGCUGGGCGAGGAGCGGCUCUACAAGAAAGGACCGCCGGCCGAUCCGCUGGAGCAAGAACUGGGCGUCAGACCUGUGGACAGCAUCAGACCCCUCAUCCCCUACGAGGACUUUGUGAACGAGUCGCUGAACGAAGUGGUGGAGAUGGACAAGGACUUCACCUUCUUCAAGGUCAACGCCGAAACCAAGUUUUCCUUCCAGAGCUGCCCCUUUAUCCUCAGCGUCAUCACCAAGAACCAAGGGCUGUACUACGACAACCGGAUCCGGAUGUACAGCGAGCGGCGCCUCACGGCCCUCUACAGCAUGGUCCAGGGCCAGCAGCCCAACCCCUAUCUCAAGCUCAAGGUCCGCCGAGAUCACAUCAUUGACGACGCCCUUGUCAGACUGGAGAUGAUCUCCAUGGAGAACCCGUCCGACCUGAAGAAGCAGCUGUUCGUGGAGUUCGAGGGGGAGCAAGGCGUCGACGAGGGCGGAGUUUCAAAGGAGUUCUUUCAGUUGGUCCUGGAGGAGAUCUUCAACCCCGACAUCGGGAUGUUCAGCUACGACGACGACACCAAGCUGUUCUGGUUCAACUCGUCCUCUCUGGAGAACGAGGCCCAGUACACGCUGGUUGGACUGGUCCUGGGGCUCGCCAUCUAUAACAACUGCAUCCUGGACGUCCACUUCCCCAUGGUGGUCUACAGGAAGCUCAUGGGCAAGAAGGGGAACUACCUGGACCUGUCGGACUCCCACCCAAGUCUCUACCAGAGUCUGAAGAAGCUUCUGGAACACGUGGGCAACGUGGAGGACGACAUGAUGCUCACGUUCCAGAUCUCUCACACAGACCUGUUCGGGAACCCCAUCCUGUACGACCUCAAGGAGCAGGGAGACCAGAUCCCCAUCACCGAGGGCAACCGACAGGAGUUCGUGGUCACGUAUGCAGACUACAUGCUGAACAGGAGCGUGGAGCGACAGUUCAGAGCCUUCAAGAAAGGCUUCCUGAUGGUCACCAAGGAGUCUCCUCUGAAGUACCUGUUCCGCCCCGAGGAGGUGGAGCUGCUGAUCUGUGGCAGCCGGAAACUUGACUUUGAAGCUCUUGAAAAGACGACGGAAUAUGACGGUGGUUACAGCAAAGACAGUCAGAUCAUCAGAGAUUUCUGGGAAACGAUUCACUCGUUCGGAGAAGAGCAGAAGAGGUUGUUCCUCCAGUUCACCACCGGCACGGACCGAGCGCCUGUAGGAGGCCUCGGGAAACUGAAGAUGAUCAUAGCCAAGAACGGCUCCGACACGGACAGGCUGCCCACCUCUCACACCUGCUUCAACGCGCUGCUUCUGCCAGAAUACGCCUGCAAGGACAAACUGAGGGAGCGGCUGCUGAAGGCCAUCACGUACGCCAAAGGCUUCGGGAUGCUCUGAUCCCCCAGGGAGCAAGAUCUGAUCCCCCAGGGAGCAAGAUCUGAUCCCCCAGGGAGCAAGAUCUGAUCCUCCAGGGAGGGAGCAAGAUCUGAUCCCCCAGGGAGCAAGAUCUGAUCCCCCAGGGAUGGAGCAAGAUCUGAUCCCCCAGGGAGCAAGAUCUGAUCCUCCAGGGAGAAAGAUCUGAUCCUCCAGGGAGCAAGAUCUGAUCCUCCAGGGGGACAAGAUCUGAUCCUCCAGGGGGACAAGAUCUGAUCCUCCAGGGGAACGAGAUCUGAUCCUCCAGGGGAACGAGAUCUGAUCCUCCAGGGAGAGAACAAGACGUGCCACCACGUUUUUUACAAAAGAAAAGGGAGUACCACAAAAAGGGGAACCAAAAUGCUGCAACAACCCUGUGCCUCGCCGCGCUGCGCCCGCCAGCCUCCACUUCCUGUCAGCCUCCACUUCCUGUCAGCCUCCACUUCCUGUCAGCCUCCCCACCGCCGGCCUCCCAAAGAGCUCCACUGGUUCUUUUUGUCUUGUUUCUGAACUCUGUUUUAUUUGUGAAACUGUGAAAGUGCACUUACUCACUGACUUUGAGUGACAUGUGGUUUAUUUAUUUGCGUAGUUUGCGGUUCCUGGCGGUGAAGCAGUAUUCAGUCCUCUCUCCUCACAGCGGGGGCAUCAAGGUGCUCAUGUAGCACACUGAGGUGAAGCCUUCUGUAAUCAUCACAAACUGACGAGCUCUCAUUUGACCCGUUCCCUUGUUUUUGAAGUGUUUCUGUGUGCUGCUUCUAAUGAAUACUGUGUUUCUAACGCUGGCCGAGCUUCAGGAGGACUUUCACUUCCUGUCUCUCCUCCGGCUCGCUUCCUGAAGUGUUUCUGAGUGCACAUUUGUUUGUGCAGUUGCCAAAAAUGUGCA